AUGAACCCGAUUAUAAAUUAAAGUGUGAGCUAAAAUUUAAGUUAAAAUGUGGGUUCGAAUGGAUCAGCUAAUAAAUCAAAUAAUGAGUAGAAUUUAUAAGUUAGAGUAAAUUAGCUUCAAAAGUAAAAUGACAUAAGUCCAAAAAAUAUAAGAGAUCACCCUUAUUAGAGGCAAUAAACAAAAUAAAGAGAACUUUCUUUUUUGUAAGUAAAGGAACCUAUUUCUGGAAUAUUAAAACACUCUUAAACUCAUAAUUUUGCCUCAUAAAACUUUUCAUCGAGUUCUAUUUACUUUAAACUGAAAGGGUUUUUCAUUUCAAUCUAUACAAAAAAAUUUGUAAACAUUCUUAAGCAAAGCAGCUCUUUGCUGAGAUUUAAACAAAUGGAAUUGCAGUAGUUCAAUAUCAUUUCAGAUCAAGCUUCAGAUUACUAUUAUUAUUAUUUUUAAGACUGCUUAAAUGCCUAACCAUCAAUAUUUUAGAGAUCAACGAAUAAACUAAACAGAUAAGUGUCAAAAGUAUUCAAUAAAGGAAAUUCCUUUUUUAGAAAAAAGUUGUUAAAUCUCUUUAGAGUGAAUUUAUUAAUAUAGCCAGUAAAUAAAUAAACAAACAAAUAUAUUAAUUAAUUAAUUAACAAAUCAAUCUUAACAGAAUUUUUCUUUUCUAAUUUUUUUAUAUUUUAAAUAAUAGAAUUCUCUCAUUAAGAUCUGUAUUGA